GUCAGAUGCGUGGGAGCAGCGCAUGUGUCUGUGUCUGGGCUGGAAAACAUAUGUACUGUAGUGCCUAGAGAAAGCUUUUUAGUUUGGGCCUUGCUCCAGAAAACCUCUUUCCUUGCUUUUACAACUGUCCCCUGUUCCUUGGGACUACCCAGAUGUUUAACCCAGCCUGAGGACGGGGAGCUGAGGAGUUUUCUGUGUCAUUCCCUCUGACCCCCAGGCCUGGGAACAGCCAGCCUGGGGCAUGCAGCCCCUGGCCCACACCUCUGAUCCUGGCAAGGCUUAAUACUCUCCACAGAAAGUGAGGCUGAACAACGUGCACAUGCCGAGUACUGGAGGAGAGGCUGAAGGACAUCCUGUUUUGUUUCAGCAGUGUUGUUAUUCUUUGGGGUGAAAUGAAGAUUUUGAUUUUGUUUUGGAAACACUCAUAUUUCUGAUGCAACUGAACUUCAGUAACCUUUUUGCAGUACAGAUUUCAACAAAUUUUUUUUUUUUUUUUUUCUCCUGAACAAAGAUGCAGAACUUGUCAGUGGUAGAAAGUUUUGCUAAUACAGACAUAUCACACUGUGAGCCUCUAAAAGACCUGGCAGCUGAGACAGGUGUCGUGUCUCUCGAUGAAAGUGGCUGUAACUGGAAUGAAAGAACAAGUAAUGAAGAAAUUUUUAAUCUUGAAGCAAUGCAGCAAAGCCUCCCUGUAAUGAACAGCAAAGGGAGAAGUUGUGAGGGGUUUUCUGAGAGCAGCUUCAGUACCUCAGAACCCAGUGCUUCCUGGGGUGACUUUGAAGGCUUCAAGGAACCCUUAGACAAACCAGAGAGAUUCAGUCAUACCCCUGAAGUUUUGGUGAACGCAACAAAAGCUUCUGGAGCUGACCCAGACCUGCUCAGCGGAGACUGGAGCACUUCUGGUGCCCGGGUGUGUGCUGAGCCAUCUCUGUGCCAUGGGAUGCAGGAGGCUCCGGGCUCUCUGAAUGAGGAAGACCACAGCUAUGAAGAGACAUUUAUGUUGGGCUUUCCAGAAGUCUUUGUACCACAGUCCAGAGAGUGCAUAAGAAGCUUAGAGCAAGUUCUUGAUGCAAAUAAUGACAAUGUUUGGAUUCCUGAAAUUUUGAAGAAACAACUUUGCAUGGAUUCUGGAAACGUAUGGAGAGCACUCAGAGACUUUGAUAAUACCCCCAGUUUAAGAUAUCCCUGGAGUAAAUCUCACUGUCAAGAAAACCUCUUGAGUGUUCUCGGAAUAGAUGCAAAUCAAAAGGACAUUUCAGAGAACCGGGCUGAUAUUCUUGAGGAAUCAGAUGUCAAAGAUAAUGAGGACUUUAGACUUGAUGGAUUCAGUGUUAAUGACUGCAAAGCAUUGAUCCAGACCAAGCUUUCUGUGUCACCAGACUCCAGACAUGGUCACCUUUUCUCCUGUAACCUCUUUUUGAAGACCACGCCAUCAAAUGAAAAAGCACAGUGUAUAACAAUCCCCAGGAAGAAGCAGAUUUUUGCUACACACAACCUAAAAAUGAAAUUUUUCAGUAGUGAUGUUUGUUGAACUAAAUGCAAUUUUUAGCCUUUUUUAUUUAUUUUUUUUUUUAACUGAAUGCAGUCUACCUUGAUUUUGUUACUGACUUGGUACUAUAGACUACAGACAUUCUUUAGGAAAGUGACAUAUUGCUGUAUAUGAGGGACCUAAGGCCAUGUUAUUAGAAGAUAUUUCUCCUCUUUAGUUUUGAAGUCAGAUUUUGUAAUUUUUCCCUGCUAGAUUUUGCUGCAGAGUUGUGUCUCUUACAGUAAAUGCUGCAGCUGCAGCCACGCUUCAAGAUAGCUCUGGUGGAGCCUCCUGAACUACUGACCUUUCUGGCCUUAAUGCCUCUUCAAUCAAAACCCUUCUUUCCCUGCCAGAGCCUGCACAAGUCUCAGGUGUGUGGUAACGUGCCUUGUCACCAUCUCUCCUCAUACCUGCUCCAGUUUGGACCAGCUGAGAUUGUCGCUUUGUAAUGAGUGUAGUGAGAGGAGCCUUCUUCAUUUGGGACUUUGAGUGGGGGUUAGCAAAAUAGAAGUGUCUUAAUUUCUGUCUGGUGAAGCUUGCUGUGGUGAUAGGGGUGGAGGCAGCAAAAUGCUUCGUUCUGGCAUUGGUUUCUGGCUGAAAUAAAUCACCUUAUUGAAGCUGAUUGUCACAGGACAUUUUGGGUUCAUUCAGCCACACUUGCAUACCCUGCUUGUAAAAGCUCAGCAGAGUUGCAGUUCAGGACUUGCAUCAUGGUGUAAAUGCCUGCCCUUUUAGAAUUUUAUAGAAAUUAUUGACUGUUGCCCAUCUUCCUGCAUGCCUGAGUGCCACAGGGGAUGCACCUCACUGUCAUUGAGAAGAAUCUGUGUUGGUUCCCUGCCACAUGCAACAGCUUUAUUUAUUCAUUGGCAGUAACUUUUACACAAGUUACAGAUCUGUUUGCUGCUCUGGACAUUGUGAAUAUGAAAACUUUAUAUGGCUUUUUGUUUUAAGGAGUUGCUAAGCACGGCAACUGAUAUUUUAUGUGUUGAAAGCAGGGAACAAAGUUGGGUGUUCCAAAACUAAGUCAGUUAAUUAUUUAAUGAAGCGCCUGUUCUGUUCUUAGAUUUAAGAAUACUAUAAAGCACUGGCAGACUUCAAUUCUUAAUCUAGUAAAGUGUUCAGCAGUGACAUUACAAUUGUUGUAAUAACUUAAGUGUUACCUCAGUGCUAUUAGCAUGGGAUGAACUCUGUCCUGCUUUCUCAGUAGAUGGAAGAGAGCAUUUAGAAAAAUGCUCUUUUAAAGUGGCUCUGCAGCUUCCCUGGCCAUGGAGAGAGUCCUGCAAAGCCAAACUGGAAACUCCAUAUGGAUACAAGAGCAGGGUUAACUUUUUCAGUUAACUCUAGAUUUGAAUUAAUUUUUCAUUUCCCUUAUAUUCUUUCAGAGCUCUUAAAUAUGUAUUAAAUAGGUUGUAGUCAUAAGCUCACAAAAUGUUAAAUUGCCAGUAAAUGGUGAAUGAAUAGUUGAGGUUGGUAAUAAACAUUAUUAAAAUCAA